AAGGGUUUAACCCCACAAAACUACAAUUCCCAAUGCAAGGUAACAUUUUACCCAGCGGGUUUGUGAAUGGAGAGUCCUGCAAGAUGGCGACUAAUGCAACUGCUACAAACUUACCAUCUUUUGAUUGUCCAACAUGGGCAGGCAAGCCCCCUCCAGGACUCCAUUUGGACGUGAUGAAAGGUGACAAAAUGGUCGAGAAACUGAUCAUUGACGAGAAGAAGUACUACUUAUUCGGGAGGAACCCGGACAUGUGUGAUUUCACCAUCGACCACCAGUCAUGUUCACGCGUGCAUGCUGCCCUGGUCUACCACAAGCACCUGAAGAGGGUGUUCCUUAUCGAUAACAACAGCACGCAUGGUACCUUCCUGGGACACAUCCGCCUGGAGCCCAAUAAGCCUCAGCAGGUCCCCAUAGACUCCACCAUGUCGUUUGGGGCGUCCACGCGAGCCUACACCAUCCGGGAGAAACCUCAGAGCCAGCAAGGAACCAACGCCGCCACGGGGGACAGCAAGGCCGGAGAGGACGAGGAGGGGUCUAAGGGUCUCUUAGGGUUACCAGAGGAGGAGACCGAGCUAGAGAACCUGACGGAGUUCAACACGGCCCACAACAAGCGCAUUUCCACCCUGACCAUCGAGGAGGGCAACCUAGAUAUCCAGAGACCCAAGAGGAAGAGGCGGAACUCAAGAGUCACCUUCAACGAGGACGAUGAGGUCAUCAACCCGGAGGACAUUGAUCCCUCAGUGGGGCGCUUCAGAAACAUGGUGCAGACUGCUGUCGUCCCUAUAAAGAAACAGAAAAUGGAGAGGCACGGCUCACUUAGUAUGGACGACGUUGUCACGAGGCGCAUCCACAAUUACACCUUCGGCGGCGGCCUUUACGGGGACCUGCCACCCACCAGCCACGAGGGCCACCCCACCGGGGCCCCGAGCGGAGCCACUAUCCUGGGCGGUCUCCCUCUGCCCUUCCCAAACCCAGCUCCAGAGGUGAACCUGACCCCGGAUGCCCCCCAGCCACCUGUCACCCUCAACCCUGUCCCCGUCACAGGCCCCUAUCCCUCUGAGGUCCUCAAUGAGCCCCGCAAGAAAAAGUAUGCCAAAGAGGCAUGGCCAGGCAAGAAGCCCACCCCCUCCCUACUAAUCUAACCCUCUCCCUACACUACGGCUCUUUCUCAAUUUGUCUUUCCUCUGAUUCCUGAGUUUCUCCCAUUCUUCUCGGCGUCCUCUCUCAUGCGUUGGAGAAGAUCCAAGGCUGUUUCCUCUUGGACCUUCUCCAAUAUAUUUUGAGUCUGAGGCGAGGAGAGAGGACACGAGGAAUCCUUGGAAAGCCAAAUUGGGAAAGAGCCUAUGUGGUGGAGGCAGGGCUGACUCUCAGGUUAUGGGCGGAGACAUCAGGGACCAUGACCCGUUGGAGGCGGAUCGAUUUUACUUGGGGAUUUUAUAGUUUUGUCAAUGUUUUUUACGUUACUUCCUCGUUCUCCUAAAGAUUAUCCCAAAGACUUGAGUAGUACAUUCCAUGAAGACAGAAACACCACUCCUUCGGGAGCUGAAUGUUUGAUGCGUUUUACAAAUUAAGUCAUAUAAAAAAAAAAGGCAGUUCUUGGCAGACCAGGUCAGUUGGUCAGGUCAGUAACUUGUGGCAUAAAUCGGUGUCCCAUGGCCGUUAUCUCUAAUUGAUAGUCGGGCAUAGUGCAGGGAAACAAACACGAAGUGGAUGUAACUUAGGAAAACAGCCCUUAUGUUGGAAACAAACAUUGUUCUCAUCCAGAUUCACAUGUAUUUAUUUUCCAAGCUACAGCGCACAAUAUUACAGGAGGUUUUUAAAGGACCUGCUCCGUGUUAUCAUUUUUGCCAUGGAAAAACACAUUGCGAUACUGGUAUCAUCACAGCCUAAUCGUUAUAUGGUUGGUCACUGUGAGUUCCAUAUUACUAUCUCCACUUCCUUCUAUACGGUCUCAGUAUUGGUUUGAAGUCGAUCGUUGGACGUAGUAUUUUUGCUCACUGUAAACAUGCGUAUACAGAGCAUUCGGAAAGUAUCCAGACCCCUUGACUUUCCACAUUUUGAUACGUCAGUCUUAUUCUAAAAUGUAUUUUUUCUUAUCAAUCUAAACCUUAAAACCCAUCAUGACAAAGCAAAAACAGGUUUUUAGAGAUUUUAGCAAAGUUAAAAAUAAAAAAGGUGAAAUCACAUUUACAUAAGUAUUCAGACCCUUUGAAGCACAUUUGGCAGCGAUUACAGCGUCGACUUCUUGGGUAUGACGCUACAAGCUUGGCAGACCUGUAUUUGGAGAG